AUGAAUCCAACUUCUCGGAAUCUAUAUAGAGCAACAGAGCCAGAAUACUUAGAGGAUGGCACUCCCAAGGUAAUGAUUCCUCAACAUGUUCUGUUACAAGGUUUAGAGAAUCAGAAGGAGUACAUCUUAGGUCAGUUCUAUAGAUGCUUACCUCCACCAGGUGGUCUUAUUUUUGCGGUUUUCAACAAGUUGUGGGGAAGGAAUUGCAAAAUCACCAUUAGGAAGUUGGGUAAAUCAACUAUUUUUUUCCAUAUACCCGACAAAGAAACUAGGAAUUGGGUUCUUCAAAGGGGACUUUGGCAUGUUGAUGACUGCUUGAUGUUUGUUGCUUCAUGGACUCCAGAAGCGACUUUAGAAAUCCCUGAGAUCAAGACUAUGCCUGUUUGGGUUACCUUAAAAAAGAUACCCAACAUCCUGUAUUCAAUCUCUGGAGUUAGCCACAUAGCUUCUGGCUUAGGUGCUCCAAUGGCAACUUACAAACCUCGUUUGGAUCCCAUUCUACUAGGUGAAGCCAAAAUUUUGGUAGAAGUAGAGUUGAGCAAAGCUUUUCCUCCUAGAAUUGCUGCAAGUGAUGAUAGCGGGGUUAUAUCUAUGGUGGAUGUGGAAUAUGCUUGGUUACCUACUAAAUGUAGUAGAUGUGGUGAGUUGGGACAUAAGAUUAGACGUUGUUUAAAAUCUGCUCCAGAGGAUAGCAAUGUCGCUAGUUUUGUUGCUCCUACUUCUGUCCCAUGUAAUACACAACAAACUGCUCUUGUGAUUCCAGCUUCGAGGUAUUCGGAGCUUAUGGCGAAGGAGGGACCGGAGGUGAUGAUCGGAGAUGGACCAGAAGGAGAUCGGAGUAAUCGGAUGGCAAAACAAGCAAGACGGAACAGAGCCUUGAGCAAAAGGAAACAGAGUGCUUGA